AUCAACCUGAGCCUUGAUAACACAUGAAUGUAAUCAUUUAAAAUUUCUGAUUAUAUAAUCAUUGAAUAUCAUUUGUGGAAAAUAUAUAGCUUUGAUUUACAAAAACAAAUGAAGCAGGUUAUUACAUCUAAUCAGUGUAAAAAUCGUGUUAUCUUUUAGUUGUGCAUAUUUGAAUGACUAACCGGAAGUUCGCACCUGUAAACCGGAAAUAAAUUGAACAGAGCAAAGAAAAUCAUGUCUGCACUCACGGAAGAUCAGAUAGCCGACAUCCAGGAAACAUUCAAUUUGUUUGACCAGAGAGGAGAUGGCAAAAUUGCAGCUGCACAAUUGGGUGAUGUAUUAAGGGCAUUAGGACAAAACCCUACAGAACAUGAAGUCAAAAAGUGUGGAUACAAUAAUAAUCCAGAUUCCAGAAUUUCAUUUGAAGUCUUCCUCCCCAUCCUCCACACUGUCAGCAAGAACAGAGACUGUGCAACAUAUGAAGAUUUUGUAGAAGGACUACGCAUGUUUGAUAAAGAACAAAAUGGCUAUAUAUCUUCCGCAGAGCUUAGACAUGUCCUUACUUGUUUAGGUGACAGAUUAUCAGACGAUGAUGUAGAUCAAUUACUGCAAGGCCAGGAAGAUGCACAAGGCAACAUUAAUUAUGAAGAAUUUAUCAAGAUGGUUAUGAAUGGCUAGACCAGGACAAUUUUAAAGAGACCUAUUUUAUAUUAUAGUUAUUUUGUAUUAAAUUGUUAGCGAUUGUAUUUACACUCGAUGCUUAUUCAUAUACAUCUUUGUUAUUAGUUUGUACUUGUAUCAGCAAUAACAACACUAAACUACCAUCAUGCAAUGUUUUAUUUAUAGUCAAAAGAAAGAAAACAAUAUUUUUUUUGUAACUUCUGGCCAUUGUGCAUGUUGAUCAGAAGUAUAAAUAGUGUUGUUCAUUUAACCACCAGUUUUGGGGAGUUUAUUCUUCAUUUUAAAAACCAUUAUGAUGUGUAUUGCCAAAAUUCACUGAUCAUAAAUAGUGAUGUGUAGUCUGUACUAAUAUUAGACAUUCCAAAGAGCAUACAAAUGUCUCUAUUUACAUUAAUCUCAUUGAAAUGGUAUUCAUGAUAUAACAAAUUCAUGCCUGUAAUGUUAAAGUUGGCCAGUAUUUGACGGAAUGAACAAAAAUAAAAGUACUAAAAAUUUUGAUUUCAUUUGUGAAAUUUAUAGUUGGAUCAAGUGAAUAACAUGGCAGAUAUCUAGUAGCUAUUUAUCCCACACCACAGCAAUAUAAUUCACAGCAAACUGGGUUCCUGUCAUGUCAUUCUACUGUUAUUAAAACUUUUUUAGCAUUGUUUAACCAAGAGAUUGUAACCAUAAAUCAAAAUACCAUAUGAAGUACAGUAUUGAGUUUAUUGUUUAAAAAAGAACCUAGUCAUUAUACAGGUAUAUCAGUUCAUACUUGAAUCUUUAAUGCCAAUUAUAUUUAAAUUUCACAGUCUCUACUUAGUGGUGCAAGUCCAUCAAGCUUCUGGCUUUCAUUACCACAAAACUAAUGUUUUUAUAGUCAAUAAGCAUAGCUGAAAUUUCAGGAGAAACAAAUCUUUGUACAUAUCAUAUAUGAAAUAAAACUUGAAUCUCUCUUGA